UUGAAAUACAAAAAGAGUCUUGCUCGAGACAAUCAUGGUCCUAAUAGUUAGACGCUAUUUCAGCCGUAGUCCCCACGUAUCGAAAUCUCAGCGUUUCUCCUUGUGACACCAUCCAUGUCGAAACCCGACUAUGUAGGUAGCUCGGCCUCUUUACCGCCUCUUCAGACAGUCGUACGCGAAGAUAAAAAUGGAGUUCCGCAUCGAACUGCGUUCGCAAAGACGAGCACGUCGACGACACACCCAGAUCAUGUCGAUGGAAGAGGAGGUAACAGUGUUUCUUCGGCACCCGCGUCGGCUUGGGUAACGAGCGGUCCCGGAAUGGAGUAUUUCGAGCCCAUUCGAGAUGCACAUUCUACACCGGGACACAAACGCAGAUCUUCGGGGAACGCGACAUCAGCGGCUCCAAAUCAGCAGCCGUCUCCAGCUUCAUUCCCAGACCAAAUUGCUGCUUCUGCUUUGGCAGGGACAGUAGGGUUUCUACGCAUGGCUGGCGGACUGACUCUUUCGACUACCGGAGCCUUGGUGGCGCCCCCUUUGCACGUGACGCGGACCUUGAUUCUUCCCAAUUUGUGGGCCGCGUCAUUGGAUUACAUUGCCCACAAUACCCCGGAUCGAGUCAAGGACUGGUUUCGGAUCAUCAGAUCAUCUCUCAUGCAUAUCGUCACCGGGUUAAAGAAUACGGCGUCCGGGAAAGUCUUUCGUUCGCACCUAGUGGAUGUCGGUGUCGAUCUCGUAAAGUGCGUCUCUUCCGAUGAGGCACGCCAAAUGUUGACAGAUGGCGUCGCGUGCGUUGUCAAACUCGCUGAGGCAACACAUACCCCGGAAUUUCAAGCAUUCCUUGAUCAUUUGGCUGUCCUCGGCUGCCGGACCAUUGAUGCCGCCUCUUCCGGACGCAAUAAACAACUCGUUCACGAUUUUACGCGCAUGUGCUGGUCCGGAUGUGAACUACUCGCCGAUCCAAGUACGACUUUGGCUUUGGCCGAAACAACCGCGUAUUUGUGUCACGCGCUCGAAAUGGAAGACGCCAACUUUGAGAGCUUGCGAUCCAAAAUGCAGGCUGCUCAACAACGCUACGCUCGGAACCAGCAACAGAAUUCAACGUACGGAAAGCCGACAGUUUGGUCCGAUCCGAACGCGACCGUCGAACAAGUUAUUCUCUCUAGUCUAGGUGUUGCUCAUGGGGAGGAAACCGGAUCUAUCAACAAUGGUCUUGGAGACCCGCAUCAGGCUCACGAUCAUGCUAGUGUCCCCAGUAAUGUCCACGUUUCCAGCGAUCAAGCACCGUCAAUCGGCGCAAUCGGCCAUGAUUUUUCUGAUCAAAGGUCUCUUCGUGACAUGUCACACGACGAUUCAACAAGACCAAACACUACGGAAGGCCAGUCAUCUGAGAGACGAGUUCACGAGAACGUUGACGUUGCCUAUUUGGAAGAGCAAAUCAACGCUCGUGCUGCAAAGCUGGACGCCAACAGACUGGCUCGCACUCUUAGAGUGGGGUCCUCUACCGAUAGCGCUCUUUCGGACGAUGAUUUGGAAGACAUUGGUGUGGUGAGUACUGUUGCAGAUACCGAUGAGGAGAGCCCAGGAGCAGAAGCUGCGAUGGCCCAUCCGCAGCGAAAAAAAAUCCAGCUAUUGGAUGGUAAUGACCACAACGACAAAAACGAAGAUCCAGAUCUUAAUGCAGGCCAAGUGGAUAGCGAAUGGGCACAUCCGGAGCACGCCGCUCCUCUGGAAGGUGAAGAGUCUCUCCAGUAUUUUCACCGCAUUCUGAACGAGUUCCUAGAUUUCAAGCGAAAGGAGGCAGUUAUUGCAAUUCUCGGCAAUGAAGAAAAAACGAAGGACCGUCUGAUCCGCGAAGGAAGAGUCAAGCGCCCACAUCAGUCCGGGAUCGACGAGUCAGGAACACUUAGCUUGAAACAGCAACUUGAAGCCAUACGAUCCGAACUAGCCAGGGACCCCAAACACCAAAAAGAUCUGAGUCAGAUGAACGAGUUUGUGAAGAAAAAUCGGCAGUCACUGUUCACAGUUUCUUUUCUAAUUGCACUGAUUGUGCUGACAUUUUGUGCCUUUAGCUGCUACGGUUUUUUUGUUUUCUUUUUCCCAAACAAAGCGUCCUUCCGGACAGUUUCUCGAGCGGAAAAUAAGCCAAACUUGGCCUUGCCAACAUCUCACGCCCAAGAGGUUGUGAUUCGAGUCGUGAAGGAAGUCGUACAUGUGGACCAACAUCAGAACCUUGUUGGGUGCCAAAGCGAACCCACAGUAUUUUCGACGGAUGAUAUCGGCAAGCUCGGUGAAUGCAUAGCUGCGGUAACAUAG